CUCGCCUCCUGGAAGCCGCGGGUCGGCGCUCGCCCCCGAGGGCGCCGGGGCCUCCGCGCUCGAACAGAAACUGCUCUUCCAUUGAUUGGGCCCCGUUGGGCGAGCGGCCGGUGCGUGUGCCCCGAGCGAGCGCGUGCGGAAGGCAGAGGGCAGGAAGUAGGACUUCUGCAGCGACGGUGGCGGCGCGGCGCAGGGGACGGAGCCUUCCUUAUUUAUGUGUCUGCCGGCGUUCGCCUUCGCCGCCCGAAGACUUCAGGGAGCGUCUCCGAGCUGCGUUCCCCGCGUGUGAGGCACGGAAGGGCUGGCUGUCUGAGCACCAUGAUUACCCAUUAACCUCCAGACUUUCCUUUUUCUUAACCCAAAGAAUAUCGGUGAUUUUUGUCCACUGCUAGCAGAAGAGGAGAGGACCCAGGGCUCUUGAAAUGCAGCAAAAUCCUUAUUUCUAAGCAGGCCCGAGAUAGUGAUAUGCAGACCCCCUCGACUCAGUGAAGUUUUCUAUCCUAUGGAUAUCGGUCUUGAGAUUUGAGAUUGGAGAGCAGUCCUGUCUGCACUGGGUCCCGCAACCUCCAUCCUUUCAAUGCCCAGUUUUCUCUGGGACUGCUGGCCUUCCCUGGAGAUCAGAGCGCUGCUUUGUGCCAUGGGCUGUAUUCAGAGCAUCGGGGGCAAAGCCAGAGUCUUCCGGGAAGGCAUCACCGUGAUUGACGUGAAAGCCUCUAUUGACCCCAUCCCCACCAGCAUCGAUGAGUCCUCCAGCGUGGUGCUCCGCUACAGGACACCCCACUUCCGUGCCUCGGCCCAGGUGGUCAUGCCACCCAUCCCCAAGAAAGAGACCUGGGUCGUUGGCUGGAUCCAGGCGUGCAGCCACAUGGAGUUCUACAACCAGUAUGGGGAACAGGGCAUGUCCAGCUGGGAGCUCCCGGACCUCCAGGAGGGCAAGAUCGAGGCCAUCAGUGACUCAGACGGGGUGAACUACCCCUGGUACGGCAACACCACGGAGACGUGCACCAUCGUGGGCCCCACCAAGAGAGACUCCAAGUUCAUCAUCAGCAUGAACGACAACUUCUACCCCAGCGUCACAUGGGCUGUGCCCGUCAGUGAGAGCAACGUGGCCAAGCUGACCAACAUCUACCGGGACCAGAGCUUCACCACGUGGCUGGUGGCCACCAACACCUCGACCAAUGACAUGAUCAUUUUGCAGACGCUGCACUGGCGUAUGCAGCUCAGCAUCGAGGUGAACCCCAACCGGCCCCUCGGCCAGCGCGCCAGGCUACGGGAGCCCAUCGCCCAGGACCAGCCCAAGAUCCUGAGCAAGAACGAGCCGAUACCGCCCAGCGCCCUGGUCAAGCCCAAUGCCAACGACGCUCAGGUCCUCAUGUGGCGGCCCAAGUACGGGCAGCCGCUCGUGGUGAUCCCGCCUAAGCACCGGUAACGGCCAGGGCGCCCUGCUAGGCUAGACUCGAAUUAUAACGCUGCUCCUACCCACACCCGCACGGACUCUUCGGUCAUUCAGCAAAAUACAACCACUCUACCUUCUCGAGCGGGCGGAUCUCACUGUGCAAAGGCCCCGGGAUGGCCUCCCCCCAGCCCUCCUGGCACCUGCUUCCUUUCGGGGAGGGGGAGGCCCGGCCGGGACACCUGACCCCACGUGCCCCUUCACCUCGGGUCUCCUCUCCUGGCAGUUCAGUCAUUCACUUGCAAGCCUCCCCGAAUCAACUGCUGUUUCAGUUUUUCUUCUUCUUCGUUUUUUUGUUUUUUUUUUUUGUUUUUUUGUUUUUUUGUUUUUUAAACACCUCUUUACGAGGUUCAGGGGCAGGAGGAGGCGGAGCUGGUCAUGACCCUGACCGGCACUGCUGCUGAUCUGUGAGUGGCGGCUCCCCCCACCCCCGUGGCAGCUCCCUCGUCCCCCCCGUCACGCGGCCUUACGUAGACUCGCUUUGCCAAACUUCUGCCUUAAGCUGAAUUUAAAGGAAAAAGCCCCAAACCGACAAAGAAAUAGGAUCUCUUUUCUACCGGACUGUUCACCUUCUGCUAGAGCACCCAGCCACAGAUGGGUCCGCCUUUCCCUUUUCUGUCCACACUGGCCCCAAACGCCUGGAGGGCCGGCCACCUUGAGCCAGAUUUAGUUCUAAGGUAAGAAAGGCGGGUGACUUCCCUCCUGGCUCCUUCUCAGGGGAUGCCCCUCCCGGGGGCUCUGGGGGAAGCUGCAAACAGGCUCUGGGCGCCAGUGUCAGAGGUUGGGGAGAUGCUGUCCGGCGGGGGGCGGUGGCGGGGGGGGGGUGGUCCUGGAUCUGGGGAGGCCAGGAAGGCUGUCGGCAGACACCCCUCUGCUGCCGAUUCUCAAGGAAGCAAAGCGGGGCCUCGGGCUGGCGGGGGUCACAUGGGGCCAUGGUUGACAGGCAUCGGGGCCACUCUGGAGGCUGGUCGGGACAGCGUGGCCAGUCUGGAGGGCCACCUUCCCUCGGGUCCAGGGCCCUCCGGAGCCCUAGGAUGGUCCUGAGUGACGCCGAGCCUUCUGCCUUGAAGGCUGCUUGCGGGACCUACGAGGGACACCCCACGGAAGCCCCCCUUCCUCCAGCUUGCCAAACCCCACAGCCACUUCACUGGGCCCUGGGUUUCCAACUAAUAAUAAGACCCAAGCACAGAAAACCGUCAGAAAAGAAAAAGCGUUCAUUUCUGCAGCCGAUGAGCCACUUGGACAAGCCCCGGUGACAGCGUGGGAGGAUGUGGGUCACUUUGCUCUGCUCCUUUAUCCACGUGGUAGUAUACUUAUUCAAGGGGUGCUUCACGUCCAAACUCUCUCUCCAGCCCCGCUCCCGACAUCAGGCCCACAGCUGUCCCGGAACAACGGGACUGUGGUUGCCUGCGCGAUGCCCGGGAACCCGUGUCAGGCCUAGGACCUUCCCCCUGUGCCCCUUGGUGUGUAGAGACCCAGUCGCCCGGGGAGGCCUGAGCCUCGAGUGAGAGGGACGAUGGGUCCCAGCUCUACCUCUGGGGAAGGGCCAGGCCGGGAGCGGGUGGGCGGGGGGCCAGGGUGACGGCGUCCUGAUGCCGUGGACAGGACCUGGCCUCCUAACGGAGCGGCCCUUCUCUGCACUCAGGUCUUUCUUGCACUAAAAAAGGAGGAAGGGCCCUGGGCAAGGGGUCAGGAAGCUGGAGCUCUGGUUCUGGGCUGGGUCACCACAAAGGGGAUCUUACUGUGCUAGGGGGUGGCCCUGAGCUGCUGGGGGCAGUGUCCUGCAAACACGCGCUCGCUGAGCGGGAGCGAGCCCUCCUGCCAGGAGCCGGCGCUGUGCCCACCCGAAGGGGGCACGCCUGCUGUGGCUGCCCGCCCCCCCACCCCCCUGCAUGCCUGGGCCCCAGCUCACCUUGCUCCCUGACUCACCCUGCCCCUCCUGUACCCCGUUCUCUCUGUCCCUCCCGGCCUUUCUGAACACGGGGCUGGAAAGACCCUGGAGAAACGGCAGGUCUGGCCAAGGACACUGGGCUUAGCUUGGGUCUGGUCCCUGGGCCUCCUCCCUGUCGGGAGCACAGACCCCAGGCUUCUCACCUGGGUCCCCAAUCCCUCUGGUGUCCCCGUUUCCUGGCGUGGACACACUCCUCCAGCAAUAAGGACCAUGCGUGGUCGUGGAGAGUACUGUGAAAACAAACCAAUGCACUUACCAGGAGGCACAAGACUCUUGAAGUACAUGUAAUAUUAACCUUUUUGAAAAACAACAAAUAUUCACAAAGAGAAAUAAAAUGUAAUUUUAAAGUA